AGAGCAAGUUUCAAGGAAAUCAUAGACGCUGCCGUUUUAUCGAGACCGUCAGUGAAUUCUCUUCCUCUCUAUCGAAUCGCCUCCCUCAGGAAAAGAAUGGAAUACCCUUAUGGACUGCUGUAGUGAUGCUUAAAAAUAUGUGGGAUGGAAAACUAAACGAUAUUUGAUGAAACUGAUGCAUCGAUAACUUUAUUCGAGUUCUCAAACGACACAUAUGGACAGAAAAAAUAAAUAAACGGUCGGGAUAUAAAAUAAAAAAUAAGAAGAUACGAGAGCCUGUGAGCGAAGAGAAGAAAGAAAACGGGAAGAUGGCAGAGGAAGAGGAGAACAGUAGUUGGAGUUUCACGAGAAUAGGAAUCCUCGGCGUCGUCAUCGCCCUCGCAGCCUGGGCGUGGCAGGCGAUGUUCGCAACCUCCGCGGGCGUCAUCUACCGCCCAGACCCCACCUACGACUUCAUCAUCGUGGGCGGAGGGACGGCGGGGAGCGUGUUGGCCGCCCGCCUGAGUGAGAAGGAGAAUUUCCGCGUCCUGCUGGUGGAGGCGGGGGGCGAGGAACCGUGGAUGUCGGGGAUCCCCCUGGCGGCGCCGCUCCUGCAGAGGUCCCGCUACGACUGGCAGUACCUGACGGCGCCGCAGAAGAGGUCUUCGGAGGCCCUGGUGGAUAGGCAAUCAGCCUGGCCUCGCGGGAAGGUGCUUGGAGGCAGCGGUACAAUUAAUUACAAUAUCCACAUGUUCGGGUCGCCGCAUGACUACCAAACGUGGGAGAGCGAGUACGGCGCCACCAGCUGGGGAUUCAACGAAAUGAAGAAGUAUUCCAAUAAAGCCGAGUGUCGUCGCCUCAGGCCAAAACUCUUUAAGCAGGACCAGUGCACCAACAGCCCUUCGGAGCAGCAGCAAAAAUCCUCCGACGGCUGUGGAGAAGGAACCGUGAAGCCGGGUCCCAGCGGGCACAUUCGCCAGCCACAGGACGCCGUGCAGUGUUAUGACCCGCCGAUACGUGUGCGGACUUCAGAUUCGCCUCUGACGGAAGCCUUCCUCUCGGCCGGGAAGGAGUUGGGCCUACCUGUGGGGGAUCUGAACGACGACAUCGACUACGGCGUGAUGGCGGCCCAAACCACAGUCUACAAGGGGCGCCGAUGGGGACCCACCAGAGGCUACCUUCGCCCUGCCAUGGGUCGGCCCAACCUGCACGUGCUGUUGCAUACUCAAGUGACCAGGCUGGUGUGGGACGGAGACCGAGCCGUGGGCGUCGAGUACGUGCAGUGGGACAACCCUCGUCUCAACGGCACCGUUUACGCCCGCGCGGAGGUCAUCUUGGCCGCGGGCGCGAUCCACACCCCGCUCAUCCUCACCUACUCGGGUGUCGGACCCAAGGAUGUUCUCAAGAAGUUCAACAUCCCGGAAGUGUCGCUCCUGGGCGGCGUGGGCGGCAAUUUGCAAGAUCAUCUCAACCUGCCGCUCUAUGUGCAUUUGCAGAAGCCCGUCGCCCUGAAUCCUGCAAAGCUUCGCACGCUUACCAACUUGUGGGAUUAUUUCAUGCACGGAAAAGGAGACCUCGGCCGGGCCGCCAUCGAGGGCGUUGGGGUAAUGCCUGUCGCCCACAACCAACCUGAAGUGGGUGUGAUCCUCUUCAACAUGGGCGCCGUGGACAGCCACCUCUACUCGGGCAUUUCCAACAUGAAACUUGACUACUUCCACUCGACCUUCCCGCACAUGGACAACCAGAGCUCGGAGGGGUUCAUCUUCCUCGCCACCUGCCUCCACCCGAAGAGCCGCGGCCGGAUACGACUCGUGAGCGACGACCCCCGCCAUCCCCCGUCCAUUGAUCCCAACUACCUCCAUCAUCCGUACGACCUCGCGUGUAUGAGGGACGCCUUCAAGUGGGUGAUGCGCCUGACCCGCACUCGCGCCAUGCAGGCCUUGGGCGCCUCUGUUCACCUGCCGCGCUACGACGAGUGCGUCCGGAAGCGUGGCGGAGACGGCGCGGGCGGCGGGGAGGACACACGUGCUCUCUACAACGAGUACGUGUCGUGCCUGAUACGGGUCGGGGCUAUCACGGGCUACCAUCCUCUGGGCACGGCUCGGAUGGGCAGGGCCAGCGAUCCUGAGACGGUGGUGGAUCCGGAGCUCAGGGUACUGGGCACGAAGCGGUUGCGAGUAGCGGAUGCCUCGGUUAUGCCCACACACAUUUCGGGCACGCCCAAUUCUGCCAUUAUUGUCAUUGCGGAGAAAGCCGCUGACAUGAUCAAGGAGACCUGGAACGACGAAAAGAGCUUAGCCGAAGAGAAGAUCUGCUCGAGCUCUCCCGACUGUGAGGAGAAGCUCUUAGCCAAGCUCUCCAACGCUGCCGGGUUCUCCGUCACCACAGCGACCUCACUCACCACCGUCGUCACCACCACACUUCUCGUAUUCACCACACGGACUUUGGCUGUCUCGUAACUCGUUUUGUCUUUUUUAUUGACUUUUUCUUUUAUCUUCGUUUCUUUCUCCCCAAAGGAUGAAUCAGCUGUAGUAUACUUUUGCUAAUGAUUGUUGGGUUUUUAUUUCACUUGAUUAUUGUUAAAUCCAUUGAACGUUAUUGACGCUGCUGUUAUUAUUGUUGUUAUUAUUGUUAUUUUUUUACUGUUUCAUUACAGUUAAUAUCAUUAGCCCUUUUAUUAUUAUUAUGUAUAUUAUAUUUUCUACAUAGACAAAAAGAGGUGCAUAUUUGUCAUUCCUCAAUGUUGCAAGCAGAUUUCUUCCAUAAUUUUCAAAUUUCACAGAAAAUGUCAGUCAUUAUGCUUAUACCUAAAUUCUGUAAAACAUAUAAUAAAGCAACCU